AGGUGGAUUUUCUCUUCUGCCGUCCCUCUUUGACUCGGGUGUGCAUACAAAGGCUAUCUGUUCUUCCCGUGCAACGGGUUGAUACCAUGCACAGGUACUGUAACAUGAGACAUGACCACGACAUGUGACCAAGGGCGAAGAGAGGGAAAAAAAACUGUUUUACAUAGUUAAAGCCACAGGUAGGCUAGGCUACGAUGAUGUCGAGACGCAUCGAUCAUUUAUCAUCUAAAAGGAUAACUUAAAAAAAUCAUUAAUAAGGCACUUGAUGAAGUUUGGAUGUUCGGUUGGUCUCUUGAUAAGGUGAGGCGGAAGUAAACAGUUGUUGUUUUUACACGGAAUCUACUUGACUUAUUUUCCGGUUGCCUCACCUGGAUAUCUAUUGCAAGCAGCGCAAGUCGACAGCCUCUAUAGGGUUGUGUUGAAUGUUGGUCCUGCUGAAAUGGCCCCAAGUUGAUGUCCCAAUGGCAGUCUACGCUCUAUGAGGCCCUCCUGGUGCGAGAUAGACAUGGCACAGCUCCUGGAUAUCAUUCCGAUGCCUGGUCUAUUGGCAAGGAGUAUCCUGCUACUGGUGCUAGCCAUUAAUCAUGCCGAAGGUCAGAAUGAUUCAACUACCAGUCCCCCUAGAACUUUUACAACAACAAGUGCCUCGGGACCAAACAUUGCUGCCAUUGUUGCCCCAACUGUUAUCCUGGGGCUUUUGGCUAUAGCUUCUGCGGUCCUUGCAUGGCUUUUUUGUGUGGUUAAGAAGAGGCGGCAGACUGAGGGGACGUACCAUCCUAGUGCUGAGGAGCAAUCGGGGACUCGCAGUGUAGAAGCGCCAGACACACUCAAACUACCCAAGGAAGAAAGGCUCAUUUGAGCCUUGCUCGUGGCGUUUGGGGUUGCUAUUUGGUGGAAGCUCCGCACCUGGAAUCAUUAACACCUCAUUUGACCUUAUUGUUGGAGGAAGAACUACCUGUGCAGAAACAAAGGACGUGUGAGCUGCAAGAUGUGAAAGGUCAUUACAAAAAAAGCCCUGGAAAAGGAUGUUUCCAAGUUCUGGGUUCAUGAUCUGCUUUGGUAGCCACAGAUAAUCACUGACACACAAUUGUUGACUGUAAAUAGCAAUUGCUUAUUCAAGAGGAACAAAUACUAAAAUGGUCUUAUGGACGGAGGUAUCAGACUACUGCACUAAAUGAAAGAGGAACAGUAUUUUGUCAUUACACAUUUCACUGAUGUUGUGACAUCCGUCAUGGCCAAUCUGUCUUGCUUUUCAAUAGCUAAAUGGUGGAGAUUACAACCGAUAAAUACAUUUAUGUUUCAGUAUCAUCCAUUCAGGAUGAUUAGUUGAAUACUGAAUUCUGAAUACCACUAUUGACUGUUGAUAUUUAUGAUUUCUAGAUAAUUUAUACUUCAGUACAACACUGAAUUUCAACCACAGACUAGUGUUGUUUUGAAGAAUAUGCUAUGGACUUGCCUUUUAUUGGUUACUAACUAGUCAGUUAUCUAAUAUCUAAUACCAGUUGUUCUGUCUUAUUAUAUUGAUUCAUAUCAUUUUCAGUUAAUACAAUAGUAUUGAUUAUGUUACCAAAAAGGAAUAAUUGUUUACACUUGAAUAUUUAAUCUCCCAAUUAUUCCACUAAGUAAAUGCUCCAAGAUUUCUAGAAUUUGGUAUGUCAAUGAAUAAUGACACUGAUGUGGAGAUAUUUAGCAAUGCUUUAUCUACGCUCACAGUGGAAUAAACUGAUGGUCAUUGUUUAAAAUUA